CCGUUAAAAUAAGCUGGGCCGUCGUGGACCCUUGCGUCUCUUGAAAUACAGAGAGAGAGAGAGAGAGAGAGAGAGAGAGAGCCCUCUUUUCUUUUUUGUACUUGCCGACGAAAUCUCUUCAAUUUUCAAGCAUUCAUCUGAAAUCCGAUCCGGAGAUGUAGAAAUCCGCCUCUCGAUCUUCAUUCCAUGCGAUUCCCCGCUCUCUGACCGUCUUUUUGGCGGUUUUCCUGUAAUUUCCUGCUUCGUAUAAGGGUUUUCGAGGAACAGUUUGGGAAAUGAAUAAAGAACGGCCUCCGGAGCCUCUGGAUUUCUUCAUUUGGACUGUUGAGGAUGUAGGGUUGUGGCUGGAAGAGAUAAAUCUUGGUGGCUACCGCCAGAUUUUCGAAGAAAAUGGUGUCAACGGAGAGUACUUGGAGAGCUUAUCCAUGUUUACAACAGAACAGAUUCUGCGGUUUAUCAGGCGAUGCCACAUGAAAUGGGGAGACUUCAUUACGCUAUGCAAGGAGCUCAGACGCAUCAAAGUUGCUUGCUUGAAAGGCGAGCAAGAAGUACGCAGGCCAUGGUGGGCCCCUCCCUGCUUGUCGGCGGUCUUUGUCAAGGUGGCGAAGCGCAACAGACAGUCGCGAGUUGUCUCGUUGAAGCUGGAACCAUGACACUGCAGCUGUGGUUAAAGCUGCUCUACAUAUGUAUUUAUGUAUGUUUGCAUACAUUUCUCCUUCUCAUACCUUCUGAAAAUAUGUAAUGUUGUUGUUAGCUCUGCUUAGGAAUAGCUUCUUGUAUUCCAAGCUCUCUGUUUAUUGAAGAGUUAUAUGAUCUUCAACCUGAGGAUACAUUGCAGCCGUUGAAUCUGUUACGACUGGGGCCCAUGGCUUGGUGAUCAGGACCAUCUAUCUGUGGAUCCCCUAUCGGACACUUCUAGCCCAUAGACGACGGCGUAAGAAAUAAAUACAGGAACGAUCAGAUCAUUAGCGACCAAUGAUCUGGGAAGUUUUUUUUUUUGGCGUGGUCAGUCCUUGAUCAAUGGUCUGGAUUGCUAAUCCACAGACCCACUUGUUUACGAACUCCGGGCCGGCUGAUGGCAUGCAUAUCCUAGGGUCGAGUACCAUAUAAUUCCUCUCUUUUAUUUAUACAGACUCCAGAAUGUAGUGGGGCGGCAAUGAAUGGUAAGAGGAGAUUACGAUCGCAUCGCACCGUUGAUUCUGUAGAAAAAAAGCAUGUUUUGGCAUUGUUUUGAUUUUGGGAAA